AUAAGGCUGUACUGUGCGGAGAUAUUUUUCCACGGGAGAGAGAAAGGGGUGUGGGUCCCACAAGACGCGUGUCGUGCGGGCGAGGCAGCUGUCGAGCAAGCCCUGCAUCCGGAUGACACAAAGGAGUUUUCAUAGAUUAUCUCCGGUACAUUGUCAGGUAAGAAAAUUUCCUCAAAGAUGAUUUUGUUCAUCAUUUGCAUUUACUUAAGCCCUGUUCGAAACUUCCCCGCUCUGUAGAGUUGGGGAGUUGAGUUUUGACAGCUUCAUCAAAUUCAAGUAAAAUAUGGUCCGCUCCCGGAGUGGAGUUCGAGGAGCGGAGAGAAACUGAACGCAACCUUAUUCAGUUAUUCCGAAUCACUAUGCUAAUUAUAUUAGUACUUGAAUGCAGCUAUGUACGUACAUAGAAGUGACGGUGGCCAGCUUGUGCUUAAUGUUGAGUCACAAGCACAUGUAUUGCACGCUUUUGUCAACACUGGGUACAUAGAUAGGUUCUUCAUCUUGGCAUUUACCUUAGCGCACAUGGGUUUCGAAUCAGCUUCGUCUAGAUGGACAGGCUUCUCGUAGGUACGGACGCGUGCGUGACAAGCCGUGUCCUUUCUUAUUCUACGUGGCGCCCAGUACGAGCUCCGCCCGCGACGUGUCCUGCCCGCGGGCUCUAUCCGAAAGGUAGCCGCAGCUUCCCUAUAAAUAUUCCCUGUUCCAAGCUCCUUGCAGCAAGCAGCUGAUCCGAGUUAACCAUUAGCCAAAAGUGAUCUUGCUUUUCCAUUUCCCAAGAGAUCUCAGUUCGUGUCUGUCCUCCAGUCCAGUGUUUGUUUGAGCAGCAGCCAUGGCCUCCAACCAGGACAAGGCAAGCUACCGCGCCGGCGAGGCCAAGGCCCACACCGAGGAGAAGGCCGGACAGGUGACCGGCGCGACCAAGGACAAGGCGUGCGAGGCCAAGGACCGGGCGUGUGACGCGACGGGGAAGGGGCAGGGCGCCGUGGAGGCCACGAAGCAGAAGGCCGGCGAGGCAGGGCAGAAGACGUCCGAGACGGCCCAGGCCGCCAAGGACCGGGCCGCCGAGGGCAAGGACCAGACCGGCAGCUACCUCGGCCGCACGGCCGAGGCGGCCAAGCAGAAGGCCUCCGAGGCGACGGGGUACACGCAGGACAGGGCCUCCGACGCGGCGCAGUACACCAAGGACUCCGCCGUCGCCGGCAAGGACAAGACCGGCAGCGUCCUCAGCCAGGCCGGCGAGCAAGUGAAGAACGCGGUGGUCGGCGCGAAAGACGCGGUGGCGAGCACGCUGGGGAUGGGGGGAGACAGCACCUCCAGCGAAACCAAGGACGCGAGCACCACCGAGACCAUCACAAAGAGCCGCCACUAGAUAUAUACCUGUCGCGGUUGCAUAAUGCUUUCUUUCCUUUUAGUUCCUCUGGAGCUCCACAUUCCUGUGGUGUGUCCGAGUCCGUAUGUCGACGUCGGGCGAGAAUGUCUGACUGACGAGAGAUGUAUCUUGGUGUUCAGAGUUCUCGUUUUAAGUUCCACAAAUGGUGUAAUAAUAACAAUAAUAAUAAAGUACUCCGUACUGUAAGUAA